AUGGUCUCUGCCUCAUGUGGAACCCUAGCAGCACCUAAUGAUGCUGCGUCUACGGUUUGCCUACUGCAGGAUCCUGUAAAUCAAUGUGGAAAAUUCUGCCUGACCGCUCUGAAGCCAAUCAUGGAUCAUAUUUCCCUUCAUCAGCAGCAGUGGAAUACUCGUGAUGCUGUCAUUGUGAACGAAACUGAAGCGAAAUUAAAUAGAAUUGAGGGACAGCUGGCGGCGCUGCAGAUCACUCUGGGGACACUUCUUCCACAAGGUCUUGAGGCGAGACUGGAGAGUAUGAAGAGUCAACAAACUGCCUUAGACAACAAAUUGUUAGCCCUGCAAAAGACACUUUCCAACAUCGAAAAGAAGAUAGUUCUCCAGAAUUUUAACCAGAUUGGUUCUAAGCACUUCUACGUGGAGCAAAAUCUUAAGAGGAAUUGGACAUCGGCUAUAAGUACUUGUACUGAGAUGGGUGGUCACUUGGCAUCCAUCGAAGAUGGCAGUGAAUUUAAUGCGAUCGUUUCAAAACUAAAAGCAGAUGUUAGCUACAGAAUUGAUAUAAACGAUCGGGCUGAAAAGAGGAAGUUCGUCUCCAAUACUUCGGGAAAACCAGCAGCGUUUUUGAAGUGGAAGCCAGGAGAACCAGAUUAUGCUCAUGAAACUCAGCGCUGUGUGACCAUUAAUAAUGGAGGCAUGUGGGUCGACGGCUGCAACUCUGAUAUGUUAUUCAUUUGUCAAGCAAACGAAGAAGAAUGA